AUGCUCGCCAAAGCCAGAACCGUUAUCAUAUUGGACAAUGCGGGAGUUGGUCGCAACUCCGGCGAAGGUCCAGAAACGUUCCAAGGGUGGGCUGAUGACCUGAUAUGUUUUGUCGAAGCUCUCGGACUCAGGAAAUUUGAUCUUUUGGGCUUCUUUCUGGACGGCUAUUGUGCUCAAAUGACUGCACUGACGGCGCCACAUCUCAUCCGCAAGUUGAUUCUUAGCAGUACCGACUCAGCAAUUCCAUGGGCAGAUUAUGUCGCCGGAGUCGUCUGGCCGCGGGAGGACCCUUCAGCUGAAGCACUGAAAGUGCUUGCAGAGGCAGAAACGAGUGAACACGGCCCCAGAGCAUUGGCGUUUUCCAUGUUUGACGACGAUGAUCAAGGAUAUGCUGCCUUCAAUCAAGCCUGGGCAAGCGUGCAAGAGAGAAAGGCAGAGUCUCUCAUUCUGGACCUACUGUAUCGGUAUGGUGCAGCACAGAGGCAACUCGAGGCUGCGAUAGAUUCGUUCAAUAAAAAUCCUCGAGCAGCUUUCGACCGAGUGGGUGAGCUAAAGACGCCGGUUCUCGUCGCCAAUGGUGAUAAUGACAUGGUGAUCCCAACCAGCCAAAGCUGGAAGUUAUAUCACCAAAUUCCAAUCGCUCAACUCAUCACCUAUCCUCAUGCUGGUCAUGGGUUCAUCUGGCAGUACGCGCAGCUUUACGCAAUGCACAUCAACAUGUUUCUUGCGGAGAUGAGUUUGACCCAUAUCUGUCCAAGCUGUAAUCGGGCCGCUUGA